UUGGAUUAACAUCCGCGAGUUAAAGCACAUCGUCUUCUGAUAUGUGUUUACUGAUUUAUGAUAAUUUUUAUUUAACUAUUACUUUUUGAUCGGAUAACGAAUCGUUUUAUCUGAGACAUCGAUUAUUAUUAAUAUAUAUUUUAUUUAGUAAAUUAAAUGUGAAAAAAAGAAUUACUUGCACGUUAAUUUCAAACAGUUUUUGCGCGCACGAUGGCAACUCUAUUUAGUUUUUCGAAGCUUUUUCAAUUCGCAGUGAGUAAUUGUUUAAGGAGAAUGACACCGAUCGCAAUUUGCAAGCAAUAUUAUCCAGGAUUAAGAUUAUGGGAGAUACCAGUAGCAGAAUAUCGGACGGCUAAACUACCAUGGAUGAAAAAAACCCCACCUUAUCAAACAGAAGUGCAGGAAUGGGAUGAAGAGAAAGACAAAAUAUGCGCUGAUGUAACAAAUGAAAUUAAUAAUCAAAUAGCAAUGGAUAAGACUGGUCGAAUGUUUGCGGUUGUACAAGUAUGUGGAAAACAGUUUAAAGUGACAGAAAAUGACAUUAUUAUUAUUGAGGGAUUCUGGCCACCAAAUAUAGGCGAUCAUCUAAAACUGGAGAAGGUAUUGCUCGUCGGCAGCACCGAUUUCACUCUUGUAGGAAGGCCAAUCUUAAAUAGAGAAUUGGCCUCAGUCGAUGUGACAGUUAUAGAGAAAACUCUUUCCCACACAAAAACUCGCUUUAGGUUUCGAAAGAGGAAACAAUAUCGCCGUAUAAAUUUUUGCAGAAUACAGCAUACAAUGCUACGUAUUAACUGCAUAAAUAUAAAUGGAAACAUCGACGAAAAGAAAGAAGUAGAAGGAUUAGACAGAGUGUAUUAAUAAUAUAAUAUGUAUGCAUAUAUAUAUAUAUAUAUAUAAAUAAAA